CUCAUGUCAAAACCUUACUCCUUUCAGUAUCUUUUGUUACGACUGAUUGUAAUUUACUUAUUUCGGGUCCUACUUUGCAUUAGGCCCCUUCCUGGUGACACACAAGGAGGAAGACGUUUAUUGAGACUUUCUUGCUGUUCUUAAGAGAACUUCUGUCAUUUAAGGAGUUUCUCUUUUAUCUGGAUGGAAAAGCAGUUGUCAUGUUGCAGUGCUGGGAGAGAAGCUUUUUUAAACUGAUCCGCUUGAAUUUUGAUAAGAAAAUACACCCUCUCUGCAUGAAGUUGAACAAAAAUGAAUUUAGUACUUCACAACUUUCAAACUCUCAGAGACAGGUGGUUGUCACAGGAAUUGGAUUAGUAUCUCCACUUGGUGUUGGGUCUCAGUAUGUAUGGAAUCGUGUUAUCCAAGGAGAAAGUGGCAUCGUUCUUCUUGAAGGCGAUGAUUAUAAUAAUAUACCAUGUAAAAUAGCUGCCUGUGUCCCUAGAGGGGACAAGGAGGGAGAAUUUAAAAAAGGAACCUUUGUGUCGAAAUCUGAGGAAAAAUACAUGUCACUUGCUACGGUUAUGGCCAUUGGAGCUGCAGAUCUUGCACUGAAAGACUCAAAAUGGUUUCCACAGUGUGAGACUGAUAGCUUAGCUGCAGGAGUGGCUGUUGGGAUGGGAAUGGUUCCACUUGAUGAUAUUGCUGAGACUGCCUCCACGUUGAAAUCUAGAGGCUACAAUAAAGUCAGUCCUUUCUUUGUCCCAAGAAUUUUGGUCAACAUGGCAGCAGGACAUAUUAGCAUAAGGUAUCAGCUAAAGGGACCCAACCAUUCAGUGUCGACUGCUUGUGCUACAGGAGCUCAUGCUGUUGGCGAUGCUUUUAAAUUUAUUGCCCAUGGUCAUGCAGAUGUGAUGCUUGCUGGAGGAACUGAAGCCUGCAUCAGCCCUUUGGCCCUUGCUGGAUUUGCCAGAGCUCGUGCCCUUAGUACAAACUUUAACUCAACUCCUAAACUAGCCUCACGGCCCUUCCACCCUGAAAGAGAUGGGUUUGUAAUGGGAGAGGGUGCAGCUGUGCUAGUGCUAGAAGAAUACAGUCAUGCUAUGACAAGAGGUGCCAGGAUCUACGCAGAGAUCCUCGGCUAUGGAUUGUCUGGUGAUGCUCAUCAUAUAACUGCAUCAAGUCCUAAUGGUCAAGGAGCUUUCAGGUGCAUGUCUGCUGCAAUAAAAGAUGCUGGAAUCCAUCUGGAAGAUGUGAGCUAUAUCAAUGCUCAUGCCACUUCCACACCUCUUGGUGAUGCUGCAGAAAACAUUGCAAUCAAACAACUUUUUCAAGAACAUGCAUUAAGACUAGCUGUUUCCUCAACAAAAGGAGCCACAGGUCACCUCCUUGGUGCUGCAGGAGCUAUAGAGGCUGCUUUCACAGCAAUGGCUUGCUAUUAUGGUUAUUUGCCACCAACUUUGAAUCUUGAUCGGACAGAGGCAGAAUUUAACUUGAACUAUGUCCCACUUGUAGCCCAAAAGUGGGAAACAGCUAAAAGAUGCAUAGCACUAACCAAUUCAUUUGGAUUUGGUGGAACUAAUGCAACACUUUGCUUUGGCAGUAUGUAAUUACAUUUUUAAAUUGUAUACUGAUGGAUAGCGCUUUAUAUAAUAUAUAGUGUGGUAAGUAGACAGUCUUUGAACUGCAUUUUGGUAAUAAAGAGAUUGUAAACUGUGUUGUUUAUUAAAGUGCUUGGAAAGCAAAGCAAA